UAAGCCUUGCCGUCGUCAAAAACCUUCUGUGAUCAGAAGUCUUCUGCUAUCAAAAGUCUUGUUUCCAUCAAAAAAAGCCUUGUUGCUAUCAAAAAAGGCCUUGUUGCCAUCAGAAGUUUUACUUAGUCAGAAAAAGGAACUUUAUC